GACAAAAAGCGUGUGCUUCAAACCCUUGUGAAAACGGCGGAACGUGUACGGAUGUGGGCACUGAUACAUUUGAAUGUACGUGUCAAGAAGGAUUUGAAGGACCAACUUGUGCAGGUAAGAGGAAGUAUAGUGGCAAGGCACCGCACUCAUUAAAUAUUCUGGGAUGCCGCUACAUUAACUUCAAAACUCCAGCUUUCAAGCUCUCAAAAUCAAGCUCUAUAUCUCUUUCACUUUUUCCGGGAAUUGAAAGCUCGACAGACAAAUUUUUACAAGAGUUAAUUAAUUUAACAUGCUUUAUGCAUUGUUGUUGCUUCGUUUGAUAUUCAUAAUUUAAACAAGUAAAUACAUUUUCAUUUCCUAUACCACGAACAGCUUCUGAUCUUCUAAGGCAUCACUGCCAAUAGACACAUGCAAAAUUUGAUAUUUGGCUUUAGCCAUAUUUCACACAAUUUUAUAAUUAAAAUAAUCAAAAAAUGAGACGAAAUGAACUCUGCUAAAACGAAAUUAAAUCUGCGUUGGUUUCAGGGCCUUUUUUAAGGAUGUGUAACUGGAGAGGGACAUAUUUCGCGGGAGACCUGGAGAAGUACCAGUCGGCAAGUCUGUAUCACUGCAGCUACCAGCAUAUAUAUGCAUUUUUUGCAGCUAUACCGUCAUAUAUAUGCUACCUUUCCUUCUCUGUAUAUCUAAGUUUCCUAUUUUUCAAACGUUUAAUUUUUCACACAAAGUUCCUUCAACGUGGGAAACAGCUGGUCAGAAGCAUUGGGCAGAAUUAAUGGAAUUAGGCAAAUGAAUAGCAGAAAUUCUACGAAUGAAAUUAUUGUUUAAACAAUUAACAUGUUGUCCAUUAUAUUGACUUUUCGAAUUAUUUAUUUAUUUUCACAUCCAAAAAAGUCAAUAAUAUGAAAAGGGAUAUUACGCCGGAGAGGGGGACCAGAUCAGGGGGGGGGGCACUUUGUUGCGAUUCUGUUUGACUGUACUAACCAUGGGAGGUAUACAACUUUAUGUGCGAAAUAUUGGCACUGAUGAAGAUCCCGGCUUACCGACCGAAAGCUUUGGAAUAAUAAUUUACGUGGUGUUUUAUAUAAAUCCUCCAUUGUUAAUAACACAUUCUACAGCCAAUACAAAACAACGGUAACUCUAAAAAUGGAAAACUUGCAUAUAUAUUGAUAGAUAUGGUACGCUUCGUCUGAGCUCAUGCCAGAGGCGCCGGAAUAUCGAUAAUUAUAAUAUAGUCAUUCACCGUAUAUGAGCUGUUCUGCAAUCUGAUUAGUUGAAUUACUCGCCGUAUAUCAGCUCAUAUACGGCGAGUAGCGAAAAACAAGAUGGCGGUCCAAAAACUACAUGAAUUUUGCGAAGCAGAAAAAAGGAAAAUAUUCGCUUUGAGAAUGAUAAUGCUACAAGGAAAAACUCUCAAAAAAGUUUGACAGGUUAGCAAAAUACAUUUAUUACAUAUAGAAACUAGUUUAAAUACAAGUUUUUUAAAAGAAUUAAUACCGAAACAACAGCGAAAAAAACAUGUUCAUUGAGAAUAUCAAGUGUUCAGAAAAGUUUCCAACGAAAGACAAAUGAAUUUGCAGUCAACAAGCACUUAGUAUACUACCAAGCAUCUGUAUAAUAUAUCUGAGCUUUUCUGUGAUAUAUACUCGUUCUAAAACCAUUUCUUUCACUUCGUCUUCGAGUUGUAAAACAAAAGUAUUUCAAAUUUUCAAGGCCAAACGGUUUUUGGCCGAACAAAUUUUCAAGACAUUGUAACAGGGGAGAAUUAAUUAUUGCUUCAGUUAAUGGCUAUUAGACUAUAUUAUAAAACUAUUAUACCAUUCGCUCUCGUCGUAUAUGGCUGCAUGAUAGCUCAUAUACGACUCGAGCUCACGGUAUAAUUAUUAAUUGGGGGGGGGGGCAGAUAUUCAUAUAUUCGAGUUCACAGACUGUAAAAACAAUCAAUUUCAAUUGGACAGAACACGAAUAUAUGAAUAUCUGCCCCCCCCCCCAAUUAUCGAUAUUCCGGCCCCUCUGGCUCAUGCAGUCAAGCCUAGUCGAAAAUGAGAACUUAUCAAUAAAAAUAUUUACUGUUUUCCAAGGUAAUUUUGUAUUUGAGUAAAAAAGUCCAUGAUUUCCGUAAUCGUAUUCUAUACGUUUACUCUGUAUGAGAGUUCAUUAACUACACGACAAACUUUUAUCCAUUAAUCAAUAAUCUAAUCAGAAAAUUUUUGACAAGCAGUUACAUAUUAGCAGCAUUUAAGCUGCAAGGACGUGCACGCUGGGCCGCCGAGAGGAGGGGCCCGAUUCAUUUUUUUGCGCGAAAUAUUUCCGUUUUUGGGUCGAAAUAUUUGUGUUUUUUUGGGCAAAGAACCGAAAUUUGGUAUGAAAAUUUUUUUGAAUAGGGCUCCCUAAGAAAAAUUUGCUCCAGGCCCCCGCCAUAGAUAUCUUAUAUACACUAGAUAGCGCAUCUCUUUUAGUAAAAUUGAAGCCAAGAAUAUUCCAGCGGUUACCCCCAUUUGAAUAAAUGGCGGCCAUGUUGGUCGUUCCCACUUGCUAAUAAACGCUUAAAAACAACAAUAACUUUCAUCAUUUGAAUAGUUUAAAAACGUAUUUCGAAUAGGGUUAACUUAAUGUUUAAGUUCCGUGUUUAAGAAAUAGAAAACAUACGAAUCUUCUCAUUUCAUGGGAACGACCUGAGACUGCAAUCAAGGCUUCAAUUUUUGAAUUGCAGAAUAAUUAGAUGCACUAUCGAGUGUAUAUAAGAUAUCUAUGGCCCCCGCCAAGCUCUCGGCGGCCCUGCUAGUUGCGCGACAGCGGUAUGUUGCGUCUAUUGUCCUUCAUCAAAAGUACUUGGGGAUAACAGAACCCAAGAAGAGAAGAUAAAGGAACAACUAAUAGUGUUUGGAUAGAUUGUUCUUUAGGAUAAUAUCUUUAGCUCAGAUUAGCUUGAUCUUCUAAUUUGCGUUCGAUAGCUAUUCUGCUUUUUAUCCAAUCAUUUCAAGAUUGGUAAUUGUUCCCCCUUAGCUGCGCUAAUUUAUCCAACAACUAGGUUAAAUUCUUAGUGUCUUAUGCAGCUUGUACAAUUUUUGUAUCCACCAGCACGACAUCUAUUCCACCAUCAAAAGCAGCGUCUACGAAUUUACGAGUUAACUAGAAAAUACAUGCAUGCAGAAACCCUCGCCUUGCUGACAAACAGACAAAACCAUUGUAUUUUCCGAACAUGAAGUAUCUGAAGUAGUUGUCAUGGUAACACGAUAAUUUUUUAAGAAUAUUCUUACAAAUGAAAAAUCGCCUAAAAAAUAUCACUUUUAAUUACAAAAUUAUUAAUUUGCCAACAUAUAUAUGUUAGGUAUGUUAUUAUACGUAAUAUAAGCCUCAAUUUAAGGUAAAAUUCAACCACAAACGCUUCGCAAAACGUUUUAAAGUCACUAGUGUUCUUUAUAAAACUAAACUGACUUUUAAAAUGGCUUUAUCGAUAAACUUUGAGUUUGCAAUAAAAUGACUUCGAAUUUUCGCUUGCAAAUAACUCUGCUUUCUUUUUUAUUUAAAAAAUUCAAUAUCAUAAAAAAGGGAAUCAAUAUUACUAAAGAUACACUGAAAUAAUAUGCUGUCUUGUUUAGUUGUUUCAUAUAUGCAAAGGCCGUCGGGUUUUAAAUUAAAUCCAUUAUAAAAUCAAUAUUUAAAACAAAGUUACCUUCGUUAACGUUGGCUCACUUCUUUUAGCCAAUUCUUUCGCUGUUUCUUUCUUGAAAUUUACAAAAUCUUGCGAAAAUGCGAGCGAAAAUGAAAUAUAUUUGUGAUAUUUGCAAGAAAUUUAUCAAUCAUCAAAUCAAGAAAUGUUUGCUAUUUAGCUGUCGUCAUGCAGUCGUUAUAAUGCAAACUUUAAAUUGGACCAAUCAGUUUCGCUAUUCAUGACAGUCCGCCACAUAUUUUGAGAUCAGUGAGGAUGACCACCCACCGAAACUUCGUUGGUGAGCCACGCCCGCGAUAUUUGAUGAACUUUAGACUUCGCUAAUGCUUUCGUUUCCCCGGGUGUAAAUAGCCGGGGGAAAUUAGUACCCUCGCACGGCGCUUUGCGCCGUCGGCUCGGGGAUCAAAUGCAACAAAGAUCACGUCCUGAUUGUUGCAUCAAUUACACAGGCCAAAUAUCGAGAGACAACAGAAGUUUUUCUACUUUUUGGAUACUCUGAUAUGCUUGCUCGAGGGUCCCUCCUUUUAUGUGGGUUACGGAAAUGACCUUACGUUUGGACGUAUUUGUACAGCUAAUGUCAAAACAAGAGCUGAUUGUUUACGCGCAUGCGAUUUAAAAUUAGUCGCCGAUCCAUGCCGAGUCGUUAAAAACAAGUAUUUACAACUGAAAAAAAAAAAUUUUCACAAAACUAAUCAACUACAUGACGUUCUUACAUACCUACACAGAGGUUAAAGGAUGCAGACAGAGAUAAAAGCACGUGUAAUUAUUUAGUAAAAUUAUUUAAAUUUAAACAUGAAAGAUUGAAAUAUUAACAAGACGCCUGCUCAGGCGUUCACACUGGCCUCGCGGUUGGUAAAAUAUCAUCGCAAUACUUAAAAAAUAACUUGAAACAUGUAGAUGUUCUUCACUUCUUCACCGCCGUCACUUCAUGAUCACAAACAUUCACGGAGGACGGCACAAUAAAAAUCCAUACAAAACCAAUAGAGUUCAGCGAUAUAUCGAAAAACGCAGAAAAAUUCAAGCAGCAUGCGCAAUGAAAUAUAAUAAAUACGUCCCACAAUUACAGCGUCUAAGAUUUGUAACCUAGUUAAACACGAAAGUCGUUCUGAUUAACAUUGUGUAGAAUUGGUCCUAAUAAUAGUCGUGAGCAUGUUUUAAUUAAAUUGCGCAAUCCUGAGCCCACGAUGCCGCAAUGGAAAGUCACACUUGCGACAACCAAAAACCCCCCGAAAAAUUCCUUGCAUUUUCAGCAAGAGCAAAUUAUGACACUGGCUGCGGCCAGUGUAAUAAGUGUCUAUUCUAUGAGGUGUCAUGUGCUGACUCGUGCAAGUCGACGGAUCAAGGAAGCUGUAUUAAGUCGAGAUCCAACUUUGAAUGCACCAAUACAUUGAUACAGUAGCUUCAAUUAGUUGACCUGCAUCUAAGGACGUAAAGCAUCAAUAUCAUUAACGGGACAAAAGACACGCAAAAUCACUGUUUCCUAUUGGCUCUCACUAUAUGAUCUACAGUAUGUUCAAAACUUGGCUAAACGCAAAAUAGUAAGAUUCUGUUGGCUAUCGCAUUGGGUCGGCACGAAGCUGUAGGAAGAUGUUCUGUGACUGGUUGAUUAUGACAAUGACAAAAUAAUAAGCUAUAGAAUGGAUUUUCUUUAGAACGAAGCAAGAACAAUAUUCCUGUUGUUUAUGUAAGCCAAUUACGUCUUUUGUCAUUGUCAUAAUCAACCAGUCACAGCUCAUCUUCGUAGAGCUUCGUGUUUACUGCGUACUAACCAUGUCUACUAAAAUUCGAUGUUUCUUUUACAGACGUAGUCUGCGUACACCCCGAAAUCGAUAUGAUUUACGUGAUGGAUGGUUCUGGUAGUGUCGGAAAGAAAAAUUUCGAAAACAUGAAAGAUUUUAUUCAAGAAUUAAAUGAAAGGUUUACCAUUGGAACUAACGACGUUCGUGUUGCUAUUCAAGAAUAUUCAUACUCCGACCAUUAUGUGUACGCCGUUCAGCUCGGCGAAGGAAAUAUAAAUGGCAAUAUUGAUGACUUGAAUGGUGUUGUGUCAAAUAUGCCAUAUCUUAACGGCGGUACGUACACCGGUGAGGCACUAAAAAGAGCAAGAACUGUGGUAAGAAAUAUACUUUUCUACAUAUAGUUUUUUAAUUUCUGUUUAUUUUACCAAACUUCAGGCGCCCGUAUGGCAAUUUAAUUUUUUUUUAUAAAUACCUCUAGGUUUCACUGAAGAGAAUUUAA